AUGCCUUUACCCGAUGUUGAUUCUGUAUCCUCUUCAUACAAUCGUCUUAUCAGUGAGGAACUAGAUUAUGACAUACCGAAUUUAAAGAACGAGUUUGAACAGCUUUAUAUUGCAUUAACAUCUGAGCAACAAAACAUUUUUGAUGAUAUCAUAACUGCAAUAAAUAAUAAUGAAGGAGGUGUUUUCUUUGUCUACGGUUAUGGUGGAACAGGUAAAACCUAUCUUUGGAAGACAUUAUCUGUUGCAGUUAGAUGUAAUGCUCAAAUUGUUUUAAAUGUUGCGUCAAGUGGGAUUGCUUCUUUAUUAUUAACCAGUGGUAGGACGGCACAUUCAUGGUUUAUAAUUCCUUUGCUUCUUACUGAGGUUUCUUUUUGUUCGAUAUCACCAGAUAGUGAACUCGCCAGUUUAUUACGAAAAACCUCAUUAAUCAUUUGGGAUGAAGCACCCAUGAUUCACAAGCAUGCAUUUGAAGCUUUAGAUCGAACUUUGAAAGAUAUAUUCAAGUGUGAUGAUUCUAGAAACUCAAAUUUGCCAUUUGGAGGGAAAGUGAUUGUUUUUGGAGGAGAUUUUAAACAAAUUUUUCCUGUUAUCCCAACUGGUAGUAGACAAGACAUUGUCAAUGCUUCCUUAAGAGAAGGGAAACUUGGUGGUUCUAACGAUGGCGAAGCGAUUAGUGAUAUUCCAGAUGAUCUUCUAAUUAAUGAUCCUUAUGAUCCUAUAGGUUCAUUAAUCGAGUUUGUAUAUCCUUCAAUUCUUGAAGCUUCUAGCAUUCCAAAAUAUUUUCAAGAAAGGGCAAUACUUGCUCCAAAAAAUGAAGUUGUUGGAAAAAUAAAUGAUCGUUUUCUAAAAUUAUUUCCAGGAGAUAAAGUCGAAUAUCUAAGCUUGGAUAAACUAUGUGAAUAUGAGUUUGUCCAUGAUCACUUUGAUGCUAAUUUAUACUCACCAGAUGUUUUAAAUGGUCUUAAAGUCUCAGGACUGCCUGAUCAUAAGUUAGUUUUGAAAAUCGGGGUUCCAGUUAUGUUAUUGAGAAACAUUGAUCAAAAAAAUGGCUUAUGUAAUGGCACUAGACUACAAGUGAUAUCUUUGGGCAAACGUGUUAUUGAGGCAGUUAUCAUAACUGGAAGUAAUAUUGGAAAUCGGACAUUUAUUCCAAGAAUGACCUUGACACCAUUUGAAAAAAAAAUCUCAUUCAAAUUCCAAAGAAGACAAUUUCCAUUAGCUGUUUGUUUUGCAAUGACAAUUAACAAGAGCCAAGGACAGUCCUUAUCUAAGGUUGGUUUAUUUUUCAAAGAUCCGGUUUUUACACAUGGUCAGUUGUAUGUUGCCCUAUCUAGAGUUCAAAGUAGAGAAGGAUUAAAAUUGUUAAUUUUAGAUAAGGAUGGUAGGCUUACAAAUAAAACUUCUAAUGUUGUUUAUAAACAAGUUUUUAGAAAUUUGUAA